GCGAAGAGUGAGGCAAAGAAAGACUGGGACUGGCCGGUCACAGAAUUUGCCCUUCGCCGCUCGACAACAACUACACUCCAUUGUUGAUCGGCGCAUAGACGGGCCAGAAAGAAGGAUUUUUGAACGGCAACAUGUCAAACCCGUACGAGCUCCCCGACGCUCCAUCAGACAUCAUCUCCAGCGUUCAGUUCUCCCCAGAUGGAUCGCGAAUCCUGGUCGGAUCCUGGGAUCAACGAGUCUCAAUCUACUCCAAGCAGGACGGAGGAACCUUCUCACUACAACAUCGCUUCCUCAGCCAGGCACCCGUCCUGCACGUCUGCUGGGACGACCAAGGCAAAAACAUCUUCUGGGUCGGCCUAGACAGCGACGUGCGCAAACUAGAAGUCCGCGACGACAGCACCAGCUCGCAGCAGGUGAUUCUCAGCUCGCACGAGGAAGCCAGCAACAAAGUCGCCUUCAGCGCGCAGCAUGGAAUCCUCCUCUCCACCAGCUGGGACGGCACCAUGCACGUCCACAACCCGCACACCGGCGCUUUCGUCCGCAUCCGCCUCGCUGCUAAACCCUUCGCUCUAUCCCUCUCUUCCGCCCGCGCCGUGGUCGCCAUGGCGGAGCGCAAAGUCGCCGUCUACGACCUCAUCGCUCUCAAACAACUCCUGGAGCAGAAUGGCGGCACCACUUCCGACCAGACUAUUCACGAAGUCCAACCUUGGCAGGAACGAGAGAGCAGUCUGAAAUUCAUGACGCGCGCUAUCGAAUGUAUGCCGGACGGCGAGGGGUUCGCGACAUCUUCCAUCGAAGGCCGUGUAGGCGUCGAGUGGUUCGAUCCGGAUUUCAACAACGAUAACAAAUACGCUUUCAAAUGCCAUCGACAAACGACCAAAACGGUAGACCAGGAUGGCGCAGAGAAGGACGUGGAUAUAGUGUAUCCCGUCAAUGCGCUAGCUUUCCACCCCGUUCACGGGACGUUUGCGACGGGGGGAGGGGAUGGAGUGGUGGCGCUUUGGGAUGCAAAAACGAAGCGGAGGGUGCGGCAGUAUCAGAAGCUGGGCGCCAGUGUGGCUGCCAUGGACUUUUCGCCUGAUGGGAGGAGUUUGGUGGUGGGCAUUAGCCCUGGGUUUGAAGAUGGAUCUGAAGACGAGGAGGUUGAUCGGAGUCUGAUUCGGGUGGUGGUUAGGGAGUUUGCGGAGGGGGAAGCAAAGGCCAGGGCGGCGAAAUGAGGAGCGCUGCAUUCUCUCUUCGAUCCUUAAGUCCGCUCCACUGGACUGAGGUCUUCUGAACGGAUCACUCAGGCGCACCGCCUAGCUGGCCGCUCUUGGAAGACGCAGGGGAAAGACACAGCAAGUCCUGCCUGCCCUGCCAACACCAUUCAGCCGACACUCUACACCCGCCUCGACGUUCAAAGCAUGCAGAGACCCCACAGGCUCACAAAUGUGCUUCGAAUUGAGCAGCUCUGCAGUGAAGUGAAUGGUAACGCUAAACGUGGACUGAAGACACAGUGACAAUAUCAAUCGUAU